GGCGGCCAGGUGGUGCGAGUGAUGAACAAGACGAUAGUUUACGAUCAAAAUCAUAACAUUGUGUCUCAAACUGAAACGAGUACAGAAUACGGAUCCCUAGGACACGAAGGUGAAGCUGGCAGUUCUUUUAAUACGUACGUGAACAGUCAAGCGGGCAACCAAAACCAAGGUUCCGGGCAGAACUUCGUGCACGGGCUGUGGUCGACGACGGAGACGGUCAACCCAGACCUCUUCAAAGCCGGCUCCAGCAAGUUCCGAGGACAGUCCAGCGUCACUGUCGUGGGCGACGAGGACGAAGACGAGAUAGGCGGCUUCGGAGCGUACGCCGCGAGCAACCCUAACAACGAAUUCAGAUACGGUAUCGCCGAUGUUUCUGGAAGCCAAGGAAACCGAGCUUCCGGAAGUGCCCAGGGCGGCUCCGGGGGCUCCUCGAGCUCUGGUUAUCAGGCGAGCUAUGGAAACGCUCAGAAUUCGGGAUACCAAGGCGGAGCUGGAUUCCAGGGAGGUAGUUAUCAAGGAGGAGGUGCUUACGCUAGCAGUGGAGGCAGCAGCUACUCAUAUUCUUCACAAUCGGGCGGUCAAAGCAGCUACAGCUCCCACUCGGGCGGCAGCUUCGGGUCCCAGUCGCAGCGGCGCGAGGGCUCCAGGCGUCGGCGACAGGAUCAGGUGGAUCUGGAAUUAAAGGAGAUACUGCAGAAGUGCGAGGAGAAGUACAAGUGCGAGGUGGUGCGCUGCC